CUCGAAUCGACAGAAAUAUGGUGUCAACCACAAGGACAAGCUCGUGGCCCCCGGAUCAGGGGUGUCCCUCUACCCCUGCCAGUCUGGGCCCAUUAUGAAUCAGCUCCCUUGACCGUCGAUACUGUCGAACAAUAUGAGGAACUAGCAGGCAGUGUUGAGCUGGAAACCCAGCGACUGCUAAACGAUCACCGAUAUGACACUAUCGGUAACUUCCUAAGGUUCUACAAGGACUUCAAAGAAAGUAAUGAAUCAACGGUAGACCGUUUCUACCAUAAAUAUCAACCGCUGAUAACUCACAAGCAUCACACGUGUGUGGGUCUUGGUUUUGAAUUGUUGAAUCGUUUAAGUAAACUGGACAAAAGAUUUCCUGGUAUUGCUAAUGGCCUUUAUUUGGUAUCAUGUGAAGAGACUAUUGGAGACAUCGAAGGGUACGUGGGAGGACCACCAGCUGCUGACAGUGGGGAGAAGGAACACGUACUUGUUUGCCUAAAAAUAAUAAUAAAUGGACGUCGAGGAGUACUAUUACUGGACCCGGGUUACCACGUCGCCCGGGUUAUAACCGUCAUGGGGGACAAAAUGUACCCGCAUACUGGCUGGUUUACACAGUCGGACGAAAAACAUUGUAAAAAAGAGUACAAUUAUUCUCUGUGCGAGCAAGAUACGGACUACGUUGAGUGGUACGACAGAGAAACACGCCCAGGUGCCUUGGAGAGUACACAAGUUGCUCUUAUUUAUGUAGCAAGGCCAUAUUUAACUGCCAUCGACGUUACUGAGCGUCGUAAUUUGGUAUACAAUUUUCGUAGUUUACUUGCUAGGGAUACUAAGGGACACUUGACUGCUGGUUUAUAUUUUCCACUUAAAACUGAUGACGUCCAGACUUUUACUAUUUUUUAUCAAACCAACAACGGCAAGAAUCGAGUCAAGAUGCCCUUCAAUAAAUUUUAUACUUCAUCUAAGAUAGUACCAAACGACGAAGAAUGGGCAAUAAUAUCAGAAUGUGCAACACAAUUGGGCAUGUCGCGUCAGGAAUUAAAGAGCUUACUGUCAGCACUUGCGAUGGUUGUUAAUGACACUGGAUUUAUAGCACAAACACUGGCGAUAAAUACCAAAAUAAAUAGCCUUGCUGAAGACAAUUAACAAAAGCCAUACACACAACCACUGUGGUGUAGGAAAUUAUUUACUUACAUAUUAAUUUUGCUUGCUUUCCUCAUACAGUUUUUUUCUUUAUUUUUAUUCAUGGGAUGAUUCAUAUUAUUAAUUAUUAUUAUUAUUAUUAUUAUUAUUAUUAUUAUUACUAAUUACUAUAAUACUUUAUUAGACUUAUAAUUUUUAAACUAUUUCAUUACAUCGACGGACAAUUAAUGAUAAAUUUUUAUUUGUGGUGACGGUACAGGUUUCAAUUAAUCUGUUUAUUGUUUUUUUUUAAUUAUUAUAAUUAUCUAAAUUGUAAUUUAGUUUUGCUUUCAAUAAAAUGGCCAUAA